AAAAGAAAAAGAAGAGAAGACCAUUCGCGACAUAGGCAGCACGAGUUCGUGUACAUUAUAUUUUUACGCUUUUUAUUUUUAGUUUUGUUCGUAUAUACAAAAUUAUAGUAUAUUUUUUGGUGUAUUUGAUACUCUAACAAUGUCGUCUUGGAAAAAAGCUGCGAAAGCAAAUCAAAAAACCCACAAAGAGAGACAUCAGCCAGAGUCCAGAAAACAUUUAGGGCUUUUAGAAAAGAAGAAAGAUUACAAGAAACGUGCAGAGGACUAUCAUGAAAAGGGAAAGACUCUUAAGCUGUUGCGUAAGCGCACACUUGACAAAAACCCAGACGAAUUUUAUUUUCAUAUGAUAAACUCAAGAAUAAAAGAUGGUGUUCAUCAUGAAUUGGAAAAAGAUGAUGAAUUUACCCCAGAACAGAUGAAGCUGAUGGAAACCCAAGACAUAAAGUAUAUCAACAUGAAGAGGACUAUUGAGAGUAGACGAAUCAACAGGUUACAGUCUCACCUGCACAUGACAGAUAUAGCUGAUUCAACUCCAAACACCCACAUAUUCUUUGUAGAUGAGGGAGAUGAAAAGACAUUUGACAUUGCCAAGAGACUGGAUACUCAUCCAUCACUGCUAGGAAGGAAGUCAAACAGACCUAAGUUAUCAGAUUUGAAAAAAAUAUCUUUACCUGAUGUUGAUGUGGAGACAGUAGAAAUCAUGAAGAAGAAAAAAGAGAGAACUUACAAAGAGAUAGCUAAAAGAAUACAAAGAGAGAAAGAACUGACAUUGAUUCAAAGGAAAAUGGAAAUGAAACGACAUUUACAGGAUGCGAAAAUUCUUAAGCCAAAGAAAAUUAAAAGGGGUACCAAGGUCUCAGCGCCAGUAUAUGAAUUUCCUUACAUUAGAAAAAAAUAA